GUCGUUUUUAUGAGAGGUUCCCGCCUCACAGUGAACUGUUAUGGACUACAUCUCCCGUCAUGCUCUGCUGCGCUGACGUCUUCCGCAUCCGUGCCGAUUCCUGAGCCGCUCUCCGGAGUGACUCGCGUCUAAGUUGUCAUGGAUCCAGUCUGGAGGCAGCAGGGUCGAGGUCGGGGUCAGGGCAGAGGUCAGGUCACAGGUCACCCUCCUCCUGGAGCGGUGAGGUCGGAGGUCAGAGGGACGAGCGAGGUGAAAGUCUCGUCUCAGUCCAGGUUUGAGGAGAUCAGGAAGUCUGACCGAGCGGCCGCUCAGCGAUUGGCCACAGAGCCGUACAGCUCUUCCUCUGAGGAUGAGGAUGACGUCAGUGAAGAUGGAGGGAAGAGGGGGAAGAUCCUGCAGUCGGCUCUGUCUCCGUACACGUCUCACACAGGUGACGCUGAUGUCCGUCUUCUGGAGCAGACGCGCCAUUAUUUACAUGAAGUGUGUCAGUCUGGAGCAGUCACAUGUCUCAUCUGCAUCGCGUCUGUCAGGAGGACACAGGCCGUGUGGAGUUGCGUCGGCUGUUACUGUAUUUUCCACAUCAACUGCAUUCAGAAAUGGGCCAAAGACUCCAUCUUCCUGGUGUCCUCAGUGACCGACGAGGAUUUUGGCAAAAAAGAUCAUCCGUGGCCAUGUCCGAAGUGCAGGUAUGAAUACAGUCCUCAACAGACGCCCACACGAUAUUACUGUUACUGUGGGAAGGAGGCGGAGCCUGCACCAGACCCCUGGCUCCUCCCACAUUCCUGUGGACAGGUGUGUGGUCGUGAGUUUAAACCAUCAUGUGGGCAUCACUGCCUGCUGCUGUGCCAUCCAGGUCCAUGCCCCCCCUGCCCACAGAUGGUGAGUGUUUCGUGUCUGUGUGGGAAGUCAUCCCGUGUCCCGCGCCGCUGCAGCGCUAAAGCCUGGACCUGCACACAGAUCUGUGGACAGACGCUUCCGUGCCGAACACACACCUGUGCAAACACCUGUCACGCAGGCGAGUGCGCAGCGUGUCCGAGGGUCAGUCUGCAGGCGUGUGCGUGUGGCCGGCGGCGGGCGGAGCGACCGUGUGCCAGUCCGGAGUGGCACUGUGACCAGGUGUGCGGCCGCCCGCUGUCCUGUGGGAAUCACACGUGUGAGCGUGUGUGUCACGCAGGUGUGUGUGGAGGAUGUCCUCGCGCAGGAAAUCGCUCCUGCUCUUGCGGCAAGACAAAGAGUGUGUUGCCGUGUACGGUCGAUGUGCCCACCUGUGGAGACACCUGCGAGAAGAAACUGGACUGUGGUUUACACACCUGCUCAAUGCGCUGCCACAGAGGAGCCUGUGAGACCUGCCGACAGGAGGUAGAGAAGACGUGUCGCUGUGGCCGUUACAGCAAACUCUUGCCCUGUCAUAAAGAAUAUCUCUGUGAGUCCAAGUGCAACAAGACACGGACCUGCAAACGACACCAGUGCAAGAGAAAGUGUUGUCCAGGUAACUGCCCGCCGUGUGACAUGAGCUGCGGUCGAAUGCUGGGCUGCAGGAACCACAAAUGCCCGUCCGUGUGCCACCAAGGCAGCUGUUAUCCUUGUCCUGAGAUGGUUGAAGUUCGGUGUGAUUGCGGCUCUACCGUGAUCUCUGUGCCCUGUGGAAGAGAGAGAAGCACUAAACCGCCACGCUGUAAGGAGCUGUGCAGGAAGCCUUCGUCCUGUCAUCACUCAUCUCUGGAGCAGCACAGGUGUCACUCUGGCUCAUGUCCUCCCUGUAAGCAGCCCUGCCAGCGGCCGUUACCCGGCUGUGCCCACCUCUGCCCGGCCCCGUGUCAUGACCAGGUGCUGGUUAAAGCCGCUGACCGGGCUCUGCUGGCGGGUCCAUGGGAGCAACCCUCGACUCCUGCGUUUGUGCGCAUGGCUCUGCCGUGUCCGUCCUGCCUGGUGCCCAUACCGACAGCCUGUCUGGGAGAACAUGAGGUGAGUCCUGUUCCAUGUCACGCUCGCGGGCCGUUCUCCUGUGGCCGGCCAUGUGGACGAACUUUAGCUUGCAGUAACCAUAUGUGCAGUUUGGAGUGCCAUCAUGUGACCGCUGUGCCAGAUAAAACUAAGGCUGGUCAGGAGUGUGUCCAGUGUGAGGAGGGAUGUUCUAAGCCCCGCCCCUCAGGCUGCCCCCACCCGUGUGCCCUACCCUGUCACCAUGGCGACUGCCCGCCCUGUACGCUGAUGAUCCGCCAGCGCUGCCACUGCAAGAUGUCCAGCCUGUACAUCGAGUGUGUGAAAUUCACAUCUGCUGAUGAACAGAGCAAACAGCUGCUAACUUCCUGUCAAAACCAGUGUCCCAAACAGUUGCGGUGUGGGCAUCGCUGUAAGCUGGCGUGUCACGCGGGAGAAUGCGAUCAGAGCUGCAGUCAGCGGGUGAAGCUCAAGUGUCCCUGCAAGAGGAUUAAGAAGGAUUUCCCCUGUUCUCGAGUGCGGCUGGAGAAUGAGCUGCUCACGUGUGACGAGACGUGUCGAGAGCUGCAGAAGAAACACGCAGAGGCUUGUGCAGUAGAGGAAAGAGCCGCGCUGGAAGGAGAAAUGAGAAAACAGCAGGCUGAACUGGAGGCGUUUGAGAAACGACAGAAAGGACGAAGGAAGAAGAACAGGAAAGUCACAGAGGUGGAAACGGAGGAAGGGGCGUGGCAGAGAUAUAAGCUCCGCCUCCUGAUGCCCAUCUGUGGCAUCCUGUUGGCUGUAGCAGCAUUCUAUCUGCUGCAACUGACCAAUGAGGUGAUGGACGGAGAGAACGGACGGUAAACGUUCCUCAGCAGCGACGUGCAAACGUUUCCUGAAUGUGACGCUGAUUUCUUCAAGUUAUGCAAACUAAAACUCUUCUUUUUUUACCCAUAAAGGACACUUGUGUAGAUAAUUAUAACUCUAGCUAUAUACAUUUCUACAUCCGGUUUAGUCUUCAUUUCAAUAUUUGACAAUGAAAACUGUGAUUUUCUAAUAGUUUGUGCCUCACUUUUAUUAAAACUGUGAAGUUAAUUAAAGCGCCAUGAUUUUGUUUUCAUUAUUAAGAGAAAAUGAUUCUUCAUGACAUUUGUGUGAUGUAACCUUCUUUAAAAAUAAAGACUUUUGUUGGGUGACGUCA